AUGGCAGUGGACCGUCGCAAGGUCGCUGUCUUCAGCGCGGCCUUUAUUCUACGCCUGGUACUCGUUUGUAUCUUCCCUUCCCUGCCCGACUUGUUGACCGGCCGAGUCGAGGUCUCUACCCCGGUCAACAGCUUCAAGCGACUCCAGGAAGGUUUGUUCCUGUAUACGCGAAAUGUGUCGCCAUAUGAUGGUGGUGUCUAUCACCAGGCACCACUCCUACUUCCUCUCUUCGCCCUACUUCCCGAUGUGAAAAGCAACCCGCUCCCAACCGCGAUCUUCUACUUCAUUGUUGAUUUGGUCAAUGCGCAUGCCUUGGCUACCAUCUCGGAAUCGGGGCAGUCAGUUCAGAGCCGACUCCACUCCGCCAUUCGGAAGCAUAUCAGGUGGGACGGGGGAUCUGUUGCAGCUUGGUUCUUGUUUAACCCUUUCACGAUCGCAACAUGCCUGGCACGGUCGACGAGCGUGUUUACUACAACCGGAAUCCUUUUCGCAGUAUCCAAUGCCGUCAAUGGCAAUAACAUCAAUGCGAUGCUGGCUCUCGGACUUGCAUCCUAUCUUUCCCUCUAUCCGGCGCUUCUUUUCAUUCCUUUAGUACUACUUUGCUAUGACCAGCGGGCUUCAAACCUGCCCAACACCGCGGCUUUCACUAUCCAAAAUGCCUCAAUUCUUAUAGGCAGCGUUGCAGGACUCCUCGGGUUGUCUUUCCUGAUUACCGGGAACUUCUGGGAGUUCAUGUCUGCGACAUAUGGCUUCCACCUAUUGGUCCCGGAUUUGACUCCCAACGUGGGUCUCUGGUGGUACUUCUUCAUUGAAAUGUUCGAUUCCUUCCGCGAGUUCUUCCUUGGAGUCUUCUGGCUUCAUCUUGCGAGCUAUGUCGGAGGACUCACCGCAAGGCUUCAUCGCCAGCCUCUAUUCGUCAUUACCUCACUUUUGGGUGUUUUUGCUCUCUUCAAGCCAUACCCCAGCAUCUCCGACGCAUCCUUGUACUUCGCAUUCUUGCCUCUGUACCGGCACAACUUCCCAUUCAUGCGAUACACAUUUUUCGCCAUCUCUGCAAUCCUAUACGCUAGUCUCCUCGGCCCGGCAUUCUAUCAUCUCUGGAUCUACGCCGGGUCUGGGAACGCCAACUUUUUCUACGCGAUCACACUCGUGUGGAGUCUAGGCCUCUCAAUCCUCCUAGCUGACAGCAUUUUUGCCGUCCUCCGUGACGAAUGGGAACAAGACCACCCCGAAGCCCGAGGCUCCGAGGUGAAACAAGUGUAA